AUGGGAGUCCUCAAGGCUAAGGUGUCCGCUGCAUCGCGGGUGUGUGUGCUCCUGUUGUGUGUUGUCCGCUGCUACGCUCAGGAUGAGUUCUCCGGCAACAACUCAGGUGAGGAGCGGGGUUAUGAAGGCUCCUUGGUUGACCGAUACGAUGAUCGUUCCACAUACCCAAGCCCAGGUAGAACACAAAAGGCCACACUUUUUAAUCAUACCUUAAUUCACUUUGGCUGCUUGUUUUUUUUUUGUCAAGUAAGACUUUAUUCUCUUAAUCCACACCUGUCCACAGAUUACCCCCCAGAGCCAACCCAAACCUAUGAGGACAACACAGCUUCAGCAUUUGACCCCUACGCCGCCGGCCCCACCGAGGUCACCAUGAUCACAGAUGAAUCUUACCCUUACGGCAGCACCACCGAGUCUUAUGACUACGCCAAAGAGGACAGAGCGGAGAUGACCCAGGUGCCCUAUGACAACGACGGCUCGAGUGAAGAGACGCUGGAGGAGGAGGGGCCCACAGAGUGUGACUGUCUGCCUGGGGAGCCUGGAUUCGCUGGUUUCGCAGGACCAAAGGGCUCCAGAGGCCUUCAAGGAAAGACAGGAUUCCCAGGGGCUCAAGGACGUCAGGGUUACAAGGGAACCAAAGGAGUGAGAGGAAGAGGAGGAGACCCUGGCCCUGUGGGUGAAUCUGGGUCUGAUGGAGAUGAAGGCGGGUCUGGAUUCUCUGGAGCUAUGGGUUUGCCUGGUCCACCAGGUGACAGAGGAGAUUCUGGUAUCUUUGGCCUAAAGGGCGGCAUCGGUAUGGAAGGCCCACUUGGAGGAGUCGGUGAUCCAGGAGAUGUUGGUCCAAUCGGUCCACCUGGAACCACAGGGACAAGAGGAGGUAAAGGCAUUGUGGGAUCCAUUGGCAAAACUGGCAAGCUGGGCCCAGACGGCAGAGAGGGGGAGAAGGGCCAGAUUGGAGCCCCUGGAUUCUCAGGAGACCACGGCGAGCAGGGCUACAAUGGUUAUCCCGGAGUGCCAGGUGGCCCAGGAGAGACUGGCCCCAAGGGCGGCCAGGGGGUUGGUGGUAUACCCGGAAGUGAUGGGGAUCCUGGCGAGGAUGGUCCUCUUGGUGUUCCUGGGGUCGAGGGAGUUCCUGGGGCAUUUGGACCUAAGGGACUGAAAGGUGAUGGUGGACGACGGGGGCGACGAGGAAGAGUGGGAGCUGGGGGCAUCGUGGGAGAGGCAGGAGAUGCUGGCCUUCCAGGACUGCCCGGCCCCAUGGGCCUAUCUGGCCAACUGGGAGCCAAGGGGGAAACAGGAGUAGAUGGGCAGAAGGGUACAACUGGAAGAUCUGGCAUUAAAGGAGUGAAAGGUCAAAAGGGAAGUACUGGCUUCCUCGGAGACAAAGGACAGCAAGGAGAGAGGGGUAGCCAAGGGCCAGAGGGAAAGGACGGCCGCGUGGGGCCUCCAGGCAUCCCCGGAGUAAGAGGAGAUACCGGUCCAGGUGGAGACUCGGGGGUCAAAGGUCGUGUUGGACCAAAGGGUGUGCCAGGUGAACCUGGCCUGGGCCUGACGGACGCGCAGGUCCUGCAGCUGUGCCAGGGAGUGGUCACCGCUCAGAUCUCCCAGUACGCCUCCUCCAUACGCUCCAAGUGUGCCCAGGGUUGCCCGAUAAACAACCGCACUCUCAUCGGACCCCCAGGUCCCAGAGGGCCCACAGGAUCUUCUGGCAAGCCUGGUAAAGCUGGCAAGACUGGAGCCAAAGGAGGCCGUGGCAUCAGAGGAGACGUCGGUGUGGACGGAACAGCGGGUGUGGAUGGAGAUCAAGGUUCAAAGGGCCGUAAAGGAGACCGAGGCGAUACUGGGAAAGGCCUCCGUGGGCCUGAUGGACCCCAAGGGCUCAGAGGGUUGCCCGGACACCCUGCCAUGCCCAUGGAUGGAGCUGAGGGACCACAAGGCCCCCGCGGGUUCCCUGGGCCAGUGGGUCAGCCUGGCAUGCUUGGUGUGGCGGGUGUGCCAGGUUUCUGUGAGGCACGGGACUGCAGCAUCCACGCGCCCGUCAUGCGCAAAGAGCAGGGUCUGGUGAAGGGCCCCUUGAGCUCAAAGAUGUAACAGCCCGGAGGAGGAGACAGAGAUAGAGUGGGCUAUGUUGCUCUGGAAACCUGAAUACCAGGGAACCAGCCAGAAGGCUACAUCGUGAAGGUCUAUGGAAACUGUUACUCUGUGGUUCAGCUCACUUGAAGCGAGGCUUGCACCAACAAGAGAAAAAAAAAAACAGAAACAAAAGACUUUUGAAGCAGACCUGUUAUUGUUACAAAGACUUAAGGAUUCUCAGUUUAGACGUAUGUGUGACACACUAUUGUUUUACACUGCUAGGAAAAAUUUAUCUCUUUGAAGAGCAAAAUACCAGCCAGCAAAAUACCUAUUGUUCAGAUUUUAUAUUUCUGUUUAAUUUUGUUAUCAGUGAAACAAUGCUGUGGAUACAGCGAAAUAAAGACGUGUAAAUAAUUUUGUAAAGCAUCUUAUGUACAUGUACUGUGUGUUCUGAGAUAACAUGUUUAAGAUAAACAUUGUCUUACCUUUUCCAAAAAUGGCCCCUCGGUUUUUUUAGUAAUCCUGCUUAUGACUGUCUGUAAGAAUGGAGUUAAAUCAUUACAUAGUUAUUCAGGUGACACAAUUGGUAAAACAAUAUCUACAUUAAAGUUCUUUUGAUUUUAAGUUGUCAUGUUACAAAAUCAUUAACAAGGACACGUUCACAGUAUAACCAUCUGUAAUUCAGACCAGUUCUUUAAACGAAUACAUGUAUUCACCUCCCCUGCUGCUGCAAUUACAAAAAAAACAGAGAGUGGGUCUUAACAGUUAUUUUAGAAUUUACUUUUUGAAUGCAAUUCUGGAUCAUUUUUCAUACCCCUUG